UGAAAUAGUGGCAACAAGACCGAAACCUCCCAAUCUAUCGUCGUUUUGUAUUCCAAGGGUGAGUUUCAACCAAGUUCCCGUUUGAUUCAUUUAUCGAUCUUAAUCAAAAUUGUUUGGUGAUUUCUGAGUGAAUUUAGGGUUUGUGAAAUGGCGUCGAGUAUUUUGAAGAACCUCGUCAAAUUUUCAUCAUCGACGGCAACCACCACCGCCACCAGAAGCUUCAGCCUCGUAACCACUCAAAUCAGCAACCAUACGGCCAAGUGGAUGCAGGAUACAAGCAAGAAAUCUCCAAUGGAGCUGAUCAAUGAAGUACCACCAAUUAAGGUCGAAGGCAGGAUAGUUGCUUGUGAAGGAGAUACUGAUCCCGCCCUUGGACACCCAAUUGAAUAUAUAUGCCUUGACUUGGCCAAGCCAGCUGUCUGCAAAUAUUGCGGCCUGCGAUAUGUUCAGGAUCACCACCAUUAGGGCAUGCUGUCUACAAUUCAUUGUUGUGUACUUAAAGAAUUGCUGCUGAACAUCAUUAAUGUUUUUUUGGUUACAAUCUUCUGACUAAAUCCUAUGAUGCCAAAUGUACCUGUCUGUUACAAUUUGCUAAAUAAGAAUAUGACAAUUGUUCAUGUUACCAUCUGAUACUAUUGAUGGGGGUCUCAUAUUGUUGUGUGUGGAGAGAGCCUGUGAUCUGGCUAAUCAUUGAGACAUAUUUUGUUUCAGUA